UACGGUUGCUAGUGUUGGUCAUGUGACAAAAAACGGAAACACAUUAUUGAGUCGUACAGAGUCGCUUGUAAUCGUGGCUUUUGGGUGUGUGGAUGCAAUGGCACAAACAAUAGAACUUAACAAUGGAGUACAGAUGCCAAUUUUUGGACUGGGCACCUUCAGAAUACGAGACUAUGAUGUUGUAUACAAAACACUGGACAUUGCAUUGAAUAUAGGAUACCGUUCUUUUGACACAGCUGCUGUCUACCAUAAUGAACAUGCCAUUGGCUGUGCUUUGAAAACAUUGCUUCCUAAAUAUGGCCUCUCAAGGAAAGACAUCUUUAUUACCAGCAAGUUGGCACCCAAAGACCAUGGACUUGAAGCAGAGUCAGCUUGCAACCACAGCCUACAGCAACUUGACAUUGACUUUGUGGAUCUUUACCUGAUACAUUGGCCAGGAAAACAAGGAUUAAAGGCAGAAGAUGCUAAAAAUAAAGAUUACAGAAAACAAAGCUGGAAAGCUAUGGAGAAACUGUACAAAAAUGGUAAAUUUCGUGCCUUAGGUGUAUCCAAUUAUACAAUCUCUCACCUUCAAGAACUCCUUGAUAAAUGUGAAAUAAAACCUGCAGUCCUACAAGUGGAAUACCAUCCAAAGUUGGUCCAAACUGACCUCCUAAAAUUUUGCCAGCACAAUAAUAUUCACCUUCAAGCAUAUUCCUCCUUGGGAGUGGGUAACUUGGUGUCGGAGCCUAAAAUAAUAGAGCUUGCUAAAAAAUACAAGAAAACCCCAGCACAAAUUCUUCUCUGUUGGUCCACCCAACAGGGCAUUGGGGUAAUUCCCAAAUCUGUAAAUCCUGAUCGCAUAGCAGAAAACAUAAAUAUUUUUGACUUCCAUUUAUCUACACAAGAUAUCACUGAAAUAAGUUCUUUAAAUUCAGGGACUCGUUAUUGUUGGGAUCCUCAGGGAAUUGCAUAACGUCUUUUGCUGCUUAAAUGUACUAUGACCAGCACAUAGUCUUGAGAUUUUUCAAUGAAUUGUUGUCUUUUACUUUGUAAAAAUGAAUCAGGAUUUUAAUUAUUCUUUUUUCAACAAUUAAGAAGAAAAUAAAAAUGGUACAUUGUAAAUCAAAAGAACCACCUUUUAACAAUAAGGCUAAU